GGGCUUUAACGCGGUCACCGGGAUGAAUAGCUGGAAUGCUGUAACGCUAAUAUGCUAAAGCAGUAGUUUUUGCGUUCUACAUUCAUGGUGAAAAUAUGAUACUACAGACUUUCAGACCGGCUGUCGCCUUUCUUCGUAGCAGAAGCGCCAUAUCAAGACUUUAUCAUGCAGAGAAAGUCGCGACAGUGGGCUCCCAGCCGGACAUACAGUCUCCUGUGUAUCAGGAAAACUAUGAACGUAUGCAAGCACUGGUCAAAGAGCUGAAAGACAGAGCAGAAAAGAUAAAGCUUGGUGGGGGAGAGAGAGCUAGGAAACUGCACACAUCCAGAGGAAAGCUUCUGCCUCGGGAGCGAAUUGACAGGCUGCUGGACCCGGGCUCUCCGUUUCUGGAGUUGUCCCAGUUUGCUGCUUAUGAAUUGUACGGUAAAGAGGAGGUGCCUGCCGGAGGAAUCAUCACUGGCAUUGGCAGGGUGUCCGGGGUGGAGUGUGUCAUAGUUGCAAAUGAUGCCACUGUCAAAGGAGGCACCUAUUAUCCAGUUACCGUGAAGAAGCACCUUCGUGCUCAGGAGAUUGCACAGCAGAACCACCUGCCAUGUAUAUACCUAGUGGACUCUGGAGGGGCCAACUUACCCCGACAAGCUGAUGUGUUUCCUGAUAGAGAUCACUUUGGACGCAUCUUUUACAACCAGGCACGCUUGUCUUCAGAGGGCAUUGCACAGAUAGCCGUAGUGAUGGGCUCUUGUACAGCAGGGGGCGCAUAUGUCCCCGCCAUGGCGGACGAAAGUAUUAUUGUGCGCAAACAAGGGACCAUUUUUCUUGGGGGACCUCCACUGGUUAAAGCUGCUACAGGUGAGGAAGUCUCUGCUGAAGACCUUGGAGGUGCUGACCUUCACUGCAGGCGGUCCGGUGUAACUGAUCACUACGCUUUAGAUGAUAAUCAUGCUCUUCACCUGGCCCGGAAAGCAGUGCGCAACCUGAACUACCAGAAGAAACUCGACGUUACUGUGGAACCUCCUGAGGCACCGUUGUUCCCUGCUGAUGAGCUUUAUGGCAUUGUGGGAGACAACCUGAAACGAAACUUCGACAUCAGAGAGGUGAUCGCUCGUGUAGUCGAUGCCAGUAAAUUUGAUGAAUUCAAAGCCUUCUACGGAGACACACUGGUCACAGGCUUCGCACGGAUAUUCGGUUAUCCGGUCGGGAUCAUUGGCAAUAACGGAGUGCUGUUCUCCGAAUCGGCGAAGAAAGCAACUCAUUUUAUUGAGCUUUGCUGUCAAAGGAACAUUCCCCUGAUAUUCCUUCAGAAUAUCACAGGUUUUAUGGUCGGGAGAGAGUACGAGGCAGGCGGCAUUGCUAAAGACGGUGCUAAGAUGGUGACCGCAGUGGCCUGCGCUAAUGUGCCCAAGAUCACUGUCCUCAUUGGAGGAUCCUAUGGAGCUGGAAACUAUGGCAUGUGUGGAAGAGCAUACAGUCCCAGAUUCAUGUACAUGUGGCCGAACUCACGCAUCUCAGUGAUGGGAGGAGAGCAAGCAGCAAAUGUUCUGGCCACCAUUACUAAAGAUCAGAAAGCCAGAGAAGGGAAAGAGUUCACAGCAGAACAGGAGGCUGCUAUGAAGGAACCCAUUAUUAAACGAUUUGAGGAGGAAGGGAGUCCGUAUUACUCCAGUGCCAGACUUUGGGAUGAUGGAAUCAUCGAUCCUGCUGACACGCGCCUCGUCUUAGGACUCAGUCUAAGUGCCGCUCUCAACGCCUCCACACAGAAGACUCGCUUUGGUGUCUUCAGGAUGUGAAGUUUCACAGUUACAUGCCAUGGUUUGGUGAAUGUGAAGAGAGAACACUCUUCUUGUUUGUCACUGUGACUGUUUUUUCUUUUUCCUCCUGAUAUGAACAGUAAAAAAGGUUGCAACCCUCAGCUGAGUAUUCUCUAGCUUUAUUUCUUUAGAUUUUGACAUUUUUCUAAAAAUAAUUAUGCAAAUUGUAUAGUAAGCUAAUUAUAAUGUAUAAAAUAUGGCAUUAUUGAGCUGCUUUUUAUUGUCAAGUAUCAUUAAAUGUGUGGGGUUUUUUGGGGUACAAUAAUCCUAGUGUAAGACUAAUAAAGAGAUUCUACUUAUUGAAUUCUACAGUGCUAAAAAUGUUGGGAUUAUCGUUAAGCGAGUCUUAAGUCAUAGUCUGAUUUUCUCACAUUUGACAUGUUGAUUUAAUGCACAAAUCUAGAGAGAUUGUUUUUAUUUAGACAAGUGAUUGCUGUACAUAAUAUAAAAUACUUUACAAGUCCUGAGUGAAAUUUAUUCUUAUGCCUGUAUCCCCACUUUGUGCACUGAGACAAAAUGAUCAUAUCCAGACAGGAUGAGAAACCUCAGAUGUGUCACAUUCGAGCCAUCCAGCUGCAGAAAACACAUCGAUAUGAUAUAUAGUCAUAUAUUAUAAUAUAAUCCGUUUUAAAUAGGCAUUAGACAGCAGCAAUGGAAACAAACAAACAAAAAAAAAACUCACUGAUAUUUCAUUUGUUUGUAGACUUCCCUCUGUUUGUUCAAGCUCUAAAAGAGAAAGUGUGUCUCAGUCAGUAUUUUAUGAAACACUUUAAAACUGAAAUGACUUAUCCUGUGAAAUGAGUGAUACAUUUCAUAUUUUAUUGGAAACUGACUGUUACUGCUUCAAUGUUUUGAUUAGUAUUUUUUGUGUCUGUACUGAUUUUCUGCCUCACUGGUCUAGGUUUCAAAUAAAUGUAGAAAUAACAUCAUGUA